CCGGGUCUUGGCUUAGCGGCUCCCCCGCCCGCUUAAGCGCUUUCGCAGCAGAGACGCAGGCUCCCGUCUCGGGCUUCCGGAGGCGGAACCUUGCGCCGUGGAGGCGGGCAACUUUCCCUUCAGAAAAGCGCCGAACAGGCGGAAAACGGUCCGCCGAGAAGCAGCUGGGGUAGGGGGACACAGACGGAAGGUCGAAGUUCAACUUGGGAGCUACGCGGCGAAGACAGGAAAAGGGGUACGGUGGGGAGCGCGUUCUAAGGAGGUGAAAGGCUGGGGAGGAACAAUCUGACAAAGCUGCAAUCGAAAAUGACUUUCGUCCUGGAAGAAUGAGGAAAAAAAACAAGACUGGAAAACUGUUGGCCAACCGCAAAGCAGAAAGGGAGGCGAGGAGGCGGGGUUAGAGAGGACUCUGCCCAAGCCAACCGGUGACUCUGGCACCGGGAACGUCACGGCCAAUGGACAGCCAGCGCGGGACUUUCAAUUACCGUCCCGCCCAAUCGGGCAAAGACUGUGCCUAUAAAGACUGCUUGCCGCCGGCCGGGAUUCCGUUUCUGCCCCUGCCGCGGCGUCGGUGAGCUCGCGUUCUGUUUCGCUAUGGCCCGCACAAAGCAGACCGCCCGUAAGUCGACCGGUGGCAAGGCCCCGAGGAAGCAGCUGGCCACCAAGGCGGCCCGCAAGAGCGCGCCGGCCACGGGCGGCGUGAAGAAGCCGCACCGCUACCGGCCGGGCACCGUGGCCCUGCGGGAGAUCCGGCGCUACCAGAAGUCCACCGAGCUGCUGAUCCGCAAGCUGCCCUUCCAGCGGCUGGUGCGCGAGAUCGCGCAGGACUUCAAGACGGACCUGCGCUUCCAGAGCUCGGCCGUGAUGGCGCUGCAGGAGGCGAGCGAGGCCUACCUGGUGGGGUUGUUCGAAGACACGAACCUGUGUGCCAUCCACGCCAAGCGAGUGACCAUCAUGCCCAAGGACAUCCAGCUGGCCCGCCGCAUCCGCGGGGAGCGGGGUGCGCCCCUGGCGUUUAAGGGCGUACACCACGUCCAUGGCAGUGACAGUCUUGCGCUUGGCGUGCUCCGUGUAGGUGACCGCGUCCCGGAUGACGUUCUCCAGGAACACCUUCAGCACACCCCGAGUCUCUUCAUAAAUGAGGCCAGAGAUCCGCUUGACGCCUCCGCGGCGAGCAAGACGCCGAAUGGCGGGCUUCGUAAUGCCCUGGAUGUUGUCUCUCAAGACCUUGCGAUGGCGCUUAGCGCCGCCUUUGCCGAGACCUUUUCCGCCUUUUCCCCUGCCAGACAUGACUGCAACGCCGACGACACAAUCUCCCUAGAGAAAACUGCUUCUACCCAUGAGAAACUCUUGAAGAUUUUAAUUAAGCUAACAAAUUUCUACAUUGUGUUUAGUGUUCAGGAAAUCCCAUUGAAAUCACUUUUAUUGUACUGUGACUUCCAUAGGAAGAUGGUAAUUCAUAAUGAUACCAUCAAGAAUAUCAUGGCCCGCACAAAGCAGACCGCCCGCAAGUCGACCGGUGGCAAGGCCCCGAGAAAGCAGCUGGCCACCAAGGCGGCCCGCAAGAGCGCGCCGGCCACGGGCGGCGUGAAGAAGCCGCACCGCUACCGGCCGGGCACCGUGGCCCUGCGGGAGAUCCGGCGCUACCAGAAGUCCACCGAGCUGCUGAUCCGCAAGCUGCCCUUCCAGCGGCUGGUGCGCGAGAUCGCGCAGGACUUCAAGACGGACCUGCGCUUCCAGAGCUCGGCCGUGAUGGCGCUGCAGGAGGCGAGCGAGGCCUACCUGGUGGGGUUGUUCGAAGACACGAACCUGUGUGCCAUCCACGCCAAGCGAGUGACCAUCAUGCCCAAGGACAUCCAGCUGGCCCGCCGCAUCCGCGGGGAGCGGGCCUAGGG